AUGUUUCAACCGGCAGAUGCGAUCGAAUGGAAGAGCGGCCUAUCCGGCAGUCAACCAGUUUGGAAGGUUGAGCCCUCCAUAGAUAUAGUUACGGACUUAAUGCGUUCCAAGGUUCAAGAGAUAUCACAGCAUGAGGGAUCAACCGAAGACAGCAUGUCUAUAGCGACCUUUCUCGGUGGUGGUGCCUUUAACAAGCUGUAUUUCAUGAACAACUAUAAAAAUUCAUGGAUUUUGCGGCUUACCCUACCCGUAGAUCCAUACUAUAAAACAGUCAGCGAGGUCGCAACAAUCAACCUAAUCCGGAAGUCCACGUCUCUACCAGUUCCAGAGAUUAUUACCCACUAUUCUGGAAGUGUGGAAGGAUUUCCGGGUGAUGGUAAUCUCGGCCUCGAGUGGAUACUCAUGACUAAGCUGCCAGGAAAAACCCUAAGAAAUGCCUGGUAUGAAAUGGAUAUAGGAGUUAAGAUGCAAUUUGUCGAGCUACUUGCCGAUAAGCUACAUGAGCUUUAUGCUUGUGACGCAGCUCGAUUCUCAACUAUCGGAAAUUUAUACCAGUCUUGCAUGCAGGCAGAUGCCAGUAGACCAAAAGCAUCAUCCGGGUCUGCCACAUACGCGGUCGGUAGGAUUGUCUCCAUGCCAUUUUUCUGGAAGAAGCGACUCUAUGAUCCCGUCGAACGCGGACCGUUUCCUUCUUCUGCGGGGUGGUUUACCUCUCGACUUCAGCUAGUUGACCACGAAUGUACCCAAAUUAUUGACUCCGAUUCAAGUAACCCAGACGACAAAGAAGAUGCUACAAGAUUCAGGAAUCUUUCUCGACGGCUUUCUCAGCAUAUUCAAAAUUUCUUACCUACAAACGAGAAAUUUGUAUUACAUCACGAUGACAUUAACGCCGGAAACCUUCUUGUUGAUCCAGAGACUGGAGCUCUCACCGGGAUCUUGGACUGGGAAUGUGUUUCCGUUCUUCCAACUUGGAAGUCUUGCCAACUUCCACUUUUCCUUAUGAACACCAAGGCUCGGAAUAUGCAGCCGUCAGAGACGGCUUAUUUGGAAAGAGAAGAUGGGCCACCGAGUUCAUUCUAUUUUGAACAUUUACGAGAGUGGGAACUGACUAUGUUGGGUCAGUGCUUUUUGCAGCGUAUGGAAAGCCACAACUCGGAUUGGAUGGAGGUUUACAUGUCCCCGGAGCGAAUUCGAGACUUUGACUAUGCUAUUCAGCACUGUGAUAGUGAAUUUAUGGUAAAAAGAAUUGAGGAGUGGUUGGAUAUUGUGGAGGGAGGCGAGCAGUAUCAACGACUUUUAGAGUACGACUGA